UACUGCCUGUCAUGACCGGAAUUACUGACAAAUCUGCAUGGAAAGCUCUGCAAAACCACUACGACACUGUUGGUUGCAAGCUGAAUCUCAAGGAACUGUUUGCUGCCAAUCCAAACAGGUUUGAUCAACUGCACACCACCUUCACUGCUAACGGAUCUACUCAGCCUGGACUGCUGCUGGACUACUCCAAAAAUAUCUUGACAAGCGAUACCCUUGCUCUAUUGUUCAAUCUGGCUCGCGAGUCGGAUGUUCAAGUCUGGCGAGAUCGUAUGUUCAAAGGCGAAGCCAUCAAUACCACAGAGCAACGAGCUGUCCUUCAUGUUGCUCUUCGUAACGUGUCCAAUAGCGACAUUCAUGUGCAUGGAAAGAGUGUUGUCCCAGAUGUCAACAAGGUGCUGGCCCAGAUGAAAUCCAUCUCUGACAGUAUUCAUAGUGGCUCUUGGAAGGGCUACACUGGAAAGGCAAUCACUGAUAUUGUCAACAUUGGAAUCGGUGGUUCGGAUCUUGGUCCUGUCAUGGUAACUGAGGCUCUCAAACCUUAUGCCAAAAAAGGCAUUUCGGUACACUUUGUUUCCAACAUCGAUGGCACUCAUAUCGUCGAAACCCUCAAGACACUGAGUCCAGAAACCACUCUCUUUAUUGUUGCUUCAAAGACGUUUACUACUAUUGAAACCAUCACCAAUGCCAACACUGCAAAAACUUGGUUCCUCAACGAGGCUAAAAACGCUGAGCAUGUUGGCAAGCAUUUCGUGGCUCUCUCCACUAAUGCCAAGGCUGUGAGUGCCUUUGGCAUCGAUGUCAAGAACAUGUUCGAGUUUUGGGACUGGGUUGGUGGACGCUAUUCGCUGUGGUCUGCCAUUGGUCUGUCCAUCUCCUUAUACAUUGGAUUUGACAAUUUUCACGAGCUGCUUGCUGGUGCUCAUGCCAUGGACACCCAUUUCCAGUCUGCUCCACUCGAAAAGAAUAUGCCUGUCAUUUUGGCUCUUAUUGGUAUAUGGUACAACAACUUUUUUGGCGCUCAAACCCAUGCCAUUCUUCCUUAUGAUCAGUAUCUCCACCGGUUUCCUGCCUAUUUUCAGCAGGGUGACAUGGAGUCCAAUGGUAAAUCCACCACUCGUGAUAACAAGCCCAUCACCAACUACUCCACUGGCCCGAUUAUCUGGGGAGAGCCUGGCACCAAUGGUCAACAUGCAUUCUAUCAACUUAUUCACCAGGGAACAAAAAUGGUUCCAGCCGAUUUUCUCGCUCCAGUGAUCUCGCACAAUCCCGUUUCCAACAAUCGUCAUCACGAAAUCCUUCUUUCGAACUUUUUUGCCCAGACCGAGGCCUUGAUGAAGGGGAAACCCGAGGCAGAAGUCUCUGCCGAACUUGUCAAAGCUGGCGUGACUGAUCCUGAUGUCUUUCAGAUCCAGCUUGCUCAUAAACAGUUUACUGGAAACCGUCCCACCAACUCCAUUAUGUAUCAGAAACUAACUCCUUUCAAUCUUGGGUCGCUUCUGGCUCUCUAUGAACACAAGAUUUUUGUUCAGGGUAUUAUUUGGAAUAUCAACAGUUUUGACCAGUGGGGUGUUGAGCUUGGGAAGCAGCUUGCCAAUGCUAUUCUUCCUGAACUUGAAGGAUCUUCUCCUGUAACUGGACACGAUUCAAGCACAAACGGUCUCAUCAACUUUUACAAAAAAGCUCGACAGAGCCAGUAAAGAAAUGAAGCAUCGAGUUGUUUACAUCUCGUUUUCAUGAGCC